GUUUUCCUCCACUGAUUGAUCCGUCGGGGCGUCGAUGGAGUCGCGGGUACCUGAAACCAUCAACAGGAUCACCUCCCUGCCGGACGAAAUCAUCUCCCACGUCCUCUCCUUCCUGCCAACCAAGUACGCCGUCGCCACCGUCGCCCUGAGCCGACAGUGGAAGGAUCUCUCGACAAGUCUCCGCAACCUUGAUUUCGACAACCGCCUGGUUCGAAGCAUUCCUCUGGAUUCCGGAGAGGCCAAGAGGAGAGACUUGGAAUUCUCUCGAUUCGUGGGACGGGUUCUGAGCCAGCAGAAGAAUCUCAAUUUUGUAAAGCGCUUCCGCUUCCAGUUUUCAGUAGACUAUUAUGACUGCGAGGCGCGAGCUAAGUCGAGAUGUCUAGUGUCAUUGGAUGGAGUCGACUCCUGACGAGUCUCAGCGGGAGGAAAUUGAUAUCAGACUGGAGAGCUCGUUUUACGUUGGUCCCAUCUAUGAGCUAUGGUCUCCUCUAGCGAGUUUCUUCACCCUGAAGAAUUUAAAAGUUCUGAAGCUUAACGAAAUCAUGACAGGCAUAAUGUCGGCUUCUAUUUUUCUUUCUAGUCUGAAAAUCCUACAGCUUUUGAAGGUAAGGACUUGGGACUUCGAGUUAUUAAGCAGACUCAUUUCUGGUUGCCCUGUUCUGGAGACUCUUCAUUUAGAGAAUUGCUCUUACAAGAUGUGGGAUGGCGAUCAAGUACUCAUUGCUUCCAUUCCAUCCUUGAAGAACUUGACGAUUAUCAACAAUGAUGGAAGGCUACAUUGUCCCAUUGAAAUGGAAGCGCCAAAUCUUGAGCAUCUUUAUCAUCUGAAUUUUGGGGAGUUACAGUUUAUGGGUAGUAGUAGUAGUCCAUUGUCAUGCGUUCACUCGGCAUGGGUUGAUACUCCUGUUUAUGAGGAAACCUGGGUUGAUGUUGAUGAUCAGUAUGGAAGACCGCCUUGACGGGAUUUGCAUAAUAAAUAAAAUUAUUAUAU